GUCAUCCUUGCAACGAUCACCAGCUCAUCAGCUCAUCAGCAGCUCAGCAGCGAGCAGACUCAUACUUCCUUGUGACCAUCAGAUUCGCAGAACUUGGACUCGGGUAGUUUGUGCAUCGACUUGACGACGAAUCGAAGGACACCUCAAAAUCGAAGGAACGCUCCUGAACGACAUACAUCUUGGACCCCCUUUGAAAUAGUUCCAGUCUCGCAAUAACGUAGAUCCUCCUUGCCCCAACCGCCCUCAGUUCUAACUUUGAUCCUCUCACCGAUCAAGGGACAACAAGUGAAACCACAGAGACAUAUACCCCUAAAUCUUGUGUAAUGGACAACUAUUCUAAGCUCGAAAAGGUCGGAGAGGGUACUUAUGGUGUCGUUUACAAAGCUCGGGACAUCAGAACCGGUCAAAUCGUCGCGCUGAAGAAGAUCCGUCUCGAGGCCGAAGAUGAAGGAGUCCCUAGCACGGCUAUCAGGGAGAUCAGCUUGUUGAAGGAGUUGAGUAAAGACGACAAUAUCGUCAAGCUCUUCGAUAUCCUCCAUCAAGAUCAAAAGCUCUACUUGGUUUUUGAGUUUGUAGACAUGGAUCUCAAGAAAUACAUGGACACCGUUGGGAAUGCGGCGGAUGGCUUGAGCGAUUUGAUGGUCAAGAAAUUCACCUACCAACUCAUCAAGGGUCUCUACUACUGUCACGCCCACCGAGUCCUGCACCGAGACUUGAAGCCCCAGAAUCUAUUGAUCGAUAAAGAGGGAAACCUCAAGUUGGCCGAUUUCGGUCUUGCACGAGCCUUCGGUAUCCCCCUGCGGACCUACACUCACGAGGUCGUGACCUUGUGGUAUCGAGCGCCCGAGGUCUUGCUCGGCUCUCGUCAUUACAGCACCGCCAUCGACAUGUGGUCGGUAGGCUGCAUCUUUGCUGAGAUGGCAAUGCGACAGCCUUUGUUCCCCGGAGAUUCGGAAAUCGACGAAAUCUUCAGGAUCUUCCGAGUUCUGGGUACCCCUAAUGAUGAAAUCUGGCCUGGUGUGUCGACUCUACCGGACUACAAGCCUUCUUUCCCGAAAUGGAACGCUGUGGACUUGGAGCGAGCCGUGCCAACUCUGGACGCUCAAGGAAUCGAUCUCUUGGCUCGAACCUUGGUGUACGAUCCCGCUCAUCGUAUUUCGGCCAAACGAGCUCUCCAACACGAUUACUUCAAGCAUUACCGAACGGAGACAUAGACCGGUACAUAAAUUCCGCACCACCUACUCGCCGCCCGCGGUACUUGUUCGACUGGUCUCGAACGAAUAUGGAAACGCUCUGGUUCCCAUCCACCCCUUCGCCCAAUGUCUCGACUCGAGCAUCUAAGACUGUUAUCACGAUUGUUCCAACCGCAUCGAGCAUACCUGUAUCAUAUAGUAUCACGUGACGACGUAUUCAUGAUUUGCAUCCGAGAUAUGUUCGAAGCAUCCGGAUCGGCUCGGAGACGUUCUACCUCC